GACGUAUGUAAAGCCUGGACACCCACAAUGCAUCACGGCGCGCGAAACUCAAGAUAGAUAAAUAGUUAUUGCACCGCUAGCUAGCACAAGUUAGUUAGCGAUAGCUUAUAGCUCACAGAAUAAAGAAAAUGAGCAAAAAAGACAACGGAGGUUUAACAGUCAUAUUUGCUUACCUGAACGAGAAGAACCGCCCUUACAGUGCCCAAGAUGUCUUUAACAAUUUACAGAAGCAGCACGGCCUGGGAAAGACGGCUGUGGUUAAAGCCAUGGAACAGUUGGCACUGGAAGGGAAGAUCAAAGAGAAAACCUAUGGGAAGCAAAAGAUCUACUUUGCUGAUCAGGCCCAGUUUGCAGAGGUGAGUGAGGCAGAUCUGAAGGCCAUCGACAGUCACAUCUCUGACCUCAGCACACAGGUGCAGGCUAUCUCUCAGGGCUGCAGACAGCUGGACACAGAGCUGAAGGAGCUCAACAGCUCCCUGACCACAGAGGAAAUGAUGUCAGAGAUCAAGGAGCUGAAAGCAGAGUGUUCUGGUUACAGGGAGCACCUGGAGAAGAUCAAGUCGGCGACCAAUCAUGUCACACCAGAGCAGAAGGAGAUGGUUUACAAGGAGAGACAUCUCUACGUGAAAGAGUGGAAGAAGAGGAAGAGACUGGCAUCUGAUAUGAUGGGUUCCAUUUUGGAGGGAUACCCCAAGACCAAGAAGCAAUUUCUGAAGUUGGUGUGGAGACUGAUGAGGACUGUAAAGUUGCUAUGCCAAGUACCUGACAAUGUUGGAGGAUCUUUGUUUACUUUUGACUUGAAUGUCAAUUCUGAGGGAGUAUUAUGCCAUCAAAACUCAUUUCAGGAGUAACUAAUUACAAUUUGUAAAUUUGUAAUGUUUUGUAAUAAAAUACCUUGUGCAGGUGUAUACUUUAGUUUAUUUUGCAAUUAAAAAUCAUUCAUAUGAAAUACUUUCAUCAAAUUCUUGUCCAAAUCAGCAACAAAAAAAACGUAACAGUAGACCUGAUUUAUUGAUGCCAGCACAAAGACUUGUCGUAUAAAAUCCCUUUUUAAAGUCUGGUGAUUACACUGAUUAAACAUUCACAUCGGUUAGGUUUACCAGAAGG